AUGGCGUAUUAUCCAAAACCUCGUAGGAGAAUGGUUGGAAAAAGACUGCUCUAUGCGGUCUCGAUUUUCGCGAGUUUAGGCGUUUUCUUGUUUGGCUAUGAUCAAGGAGUUAUGUCGGGGAUCAUAACUGGACCCCAGUUCAUUGGCUAUUUUGAGGAGCCCAAUGCGAUUCAAAUCGGGACUAUGGUCGCGAUCCUGGAGAUCGGCGCUUUCGUUACUUCUCUCGCAGCUGGCCGAGUGGGAGAUAUCAUUGGGCGGAGGAAGACCCUGCUGACCGGUGCCAUAAUCUUCACUCUCGGAGGUUUCGUGCAGACGUUCGCCAUUGGUUAUCAUACUAUGGUUCUCGGGCGGUUGAUCAGUGGAUUUGGUGUUGGGUUACUUUCAACCAUUGUUCCAAUCUAUCAAAGCGAGAUUUCACCUCCGACCCAUCGGGGAAAGCUUGCCUGCAUAGAAUUCACAGGAAACAUAAGUGGAUACGCAUUCUCAGUUUGGGUGGGCUACUUUUGCUCAUUCAUCGAUUCAAACCUCGCAUGGAGAACACCUCUAUUUCUGCAAUGUGUCAUCGGUUCUAUACUCGCUGCAGGCACGCUCGUCAUCCCAGAAAGUCCGAGGUGGCUGGUAGACAGCGACCAAGAUGACGAAGGGCUCAAGGUAAUAACGGAUCUUCAUGGAGACGACCCAGACAGUGCUGCUGCAAGGGCCGAAUUCCACGACAUCAAACGGACUGUGCUCGAGGAGAGGAGCAGGGGUGAAGGCAGGUCCUAUGCUACAAUGUUCAGAAAGUACGGACGUCGCGUCCUGCUCGCCAUGUCUUCGCAAGCAUUUGCCCAAAUGAACGGAAUCAAUGUUAUCUCUUACUACGCGCCCCGUGUCUUCGAAGAGGCCGGUUGGGUUGGCCGUCAAGCCAUUCUCAUGACCGGUAUUAACGCCAUAUUCUACAUCCUUAGCACGGUUCCUCCGUGGUACCUUGUCGAUAGGUGGGGUCGUAGGCCGAUUCUAUUGUCUGGGGCAGUCGUCAUGGGCUUCGCCUUGUUCGCGACUGGCUACUUCAUGUACCUGACCGCCUCGUGGACUCCCAACGCGGUUGUUCUCAGCGUCAUAGUAUUCAAUGCGGCAUUCGGCUACAGCUGGGGACCAAUCCCCUGGUUGUAUCCGCCAGAGAUCAUGCCGUUGGAGAUGCGGGCUAAGGGUGUAUCACUAUCUACCGCCACUAACUGGGCGUUCAAUUGGGUAGUGGCUUAUCCCGAAACAAAAGGAGUGCCUCUGGAAGAAAUGGAUAGAAUCUUCGGUGAAGAUACCUCACCAUCGGGACAUCUUCCGUUGCGAACAUCCGAAGAACUAGAACUAGAAUCUUACGACCAUGAAGCUCACGAUGUGGAACCCCACGAUCGCCUCUCCGGGCACUCGCGUCCUCGCAAGUCAGGAUCUCAAGACUGGACCUCACGGCGUUCGUCAUUGUCGGGUGACAAUGGAGAACUAGAGCCGCUGUCAAGACCGAGCCAAGGGUAG